GUCGAGCUCUCCCUCCCCACCAAACUUAACUCGUAACAGCGACAAGUCACCAAUUCCUCCUCCACAACACUUCACACGUACCCCGAUUAGAACCGCUCGACACCUCUCCCCCCCCCCCGACUAUAAAGAUCCUGUGAGCGCCCACUUUUAUUGCAACUGCUCCAUCUCCCGUUCUCUUCACACCCGCGAAACCCAGCAACAACCACAACACCCGCCACCCAUCGUAAGCACCCACCAACCACCAUCGCCAUGGACUUCAUCAUACGCGAAGCUUCGAUGGAAACUGGAGAUGAAGAAGAAGAAGAGUAUGACGAGGAGCUAGGAGAGGCGAAACCGAAACCAAAGAAGGCGGCGAGGGUCACCACCGACUUCGAUGACAGUAGCGAGGAGGAGAGUGAUGACGACGAUGAGGAGGCAGCCAGAGUUCGCGAAGGCUUCAUUGUCGAAGACGGCGAGGAGGAUGAGGACGAGGAGUUAGAGGAUGGAACUGUGGUGAAGGGCCAGCGGAAAAGAAAGCGCAGGAGGAGCCACAAGGAUGAUGAGGAGGAUGAAGUGCUCGACAAGGAAGAUUUCGAUCUGAUGAUGGAGAAUACCGGAGAGGGCUCCAGGGAUACCAAGGGUGAAUUCAAGCGACUGAAGCGUGGUCGCGAGGAACGUCAUCGGCAAGCUCCUCGAGGAUUGAUCGACAUCUUUGCGGACGAGGAAUUAGACGCCCCCGGAGAACUCGAUGACGACGACCGUGGCUACGGAAACAACCGGCGGGCUGACGAGUUCGACGGGUUUAUCGAGAAUGAUUCCUCCGAAGAUGAGGAUCGUCGUAUGGGCAGUGGCGACGAGCGCAUCGCACGCAGACGAAGUGGCCACGGCCGACGGGUCGACACGGAUUCGCUGGGACUCAGAGAUGGUGCCAUGAACGACAUGGAAGAGAUCUUCGGUUUGGGUGACUACGAAGAUGCGCUCGUUCUGGACACGGGCGUGGCGGAGAUGGAAGAGCGCACCCACGAGCUCCAACUUAAGGAUGUGUUCGAGCCGUCCGAGCUCGAAGAGCGCCUUCUCACCGACGAGGACAAUGCCAUUCGCCAUCGUGACGAACCGGAGCGAUACCAGAUCGCCCGGAAGCCUUUCAAAGACCUGCAGGUGACCCCUGAGCAGCUUGCCGAGGAAGGUCAAUGGAUCGCGAACGCUCUUCUCUCUAAGAGAGUCAUCCAUGAGGAGCUUGAGGAGCCCUUCAUCGAAGCUGUCAAACGCGUCCUCCGGUUUUUCGUCGUUGAUAACUACGAGGUUCCGUUUGUGUACCACCAGCGCCGCGAUUACCUCAUCCACGUGACGAAGAUACCCAGGAGGACUUACAUCGAGGGCGAACCCACAUACGAUCUUCAGUCCGAGAGAUUACUGCAUGAGAAGGAUCUGUGGUUCAUUCUGGACAUGGACCUCAAGUUCAGGGCCUUGUUGACCAGACGCAAUAGCUUGGAGAAGUUGUAUGACUCCCUCCGCACGCAGCUCAAAAUUGAACCAGAUGAGAUGCUGGAGGAGCGCAUGCGCACGGCCGAUCAGAUGGAGCUGAUUCAGGAUCUGUUCGAUUACGUGCAUUUCCGCUAUCAGUCUGAAGUUAAAGACCUAGCAUUGGUGGAGGAAAGCGGUGCCGCCCGUCGACGACCUAACGCUGGGAAGUCAAUAUUUGAGCGCAUCCGUGCGGGAAGAGUCUACGGCCUCGUUAGAGCCUUUGGAAUCACUCCGACACAGUUCGCCACAAAUGUUCGGUCCGGAAAGAAGCGCGAGUUUGCCGAAGACCCGAACCUCCCUCCCCACGAAAUGGCGGACGACUUUGUCGACGACACCGACUUCCCCGUCUCGGAGAUGGCUAUGGCUGCGGCCAAGAAGAUGCUCGCCGAAGAGAUUUUCAUGAAUCCUGUGGUGCGCGAGGCGAUGCGGAGAGAAUGGUUCACUGAGGCAGUAAUUCAUAUCAAUCCCACGGAGAAAGGUGUGAGAAUGAUCGAUGAACAACACCAGUACUACGCGUUCAAGUACCUCCGGAACCAACGCUUGUCUGCCAUCGCCUUUGAACCCGAAAAGUUUUUGAAGAUGCUGAAGGCGGAGAACGACGGAUUUGUCGAGGUCAUGUUUGAGCUGGAUAAUUCUGGCAGGCUUCACAAGGACCUAUACGAAUACAUUGUGUCCGGGGGUUUUAGUGAGGUCGCAGAUGCCUGGAAUGUGGAACGCAAGGAGGUGGUGGACAUUGCGAUGGCCAAAUUCGGCGAACUCUUUCGAGGAAGCUUGAGGGAUGGGCUCCGGACAGCGUGCGAAGACGCGAUCGCCGCCACAGUUAGUCAGGUUUUCAGCAAGAGGUUAGAUCAAGCACCGUACAAGCCUAAGAAUUUGGAGCUUGGCGAGCUUCCCCGGGUCUUUACGUUCUCUAACGGACAGGGAGAAUGGGGCGAUGCUAUUGUCGGUGUUUUCCUUGACGAAGAGGGACGGAUCCAUACAAACAUCAAAGUGAACGACCUGAAGGACGAGGCGAACAAGAAUCAAGUUUACGAGAUUCUUCGCGAGAAACGGCCUGAUGUCAUUGGAGUGUCGGGCUUCAGUGUACAGACGAACAGAUUAUACGAGGAUCUCAAGAAAUUGGUCGAGGAAAAGGAACUCACAGUCCAGGACGAGCACGAAGAUGGCAGAGCCUUGUGUGAAGUCAUCUUUGUCAACGAUGAGGUGGCGAGGCUAUAUUACAACAGCGCUCGGGCCAAGGUCGACCAUCCCGAAUUCCCGCCUCUGGCUCGGUACUGUUGCGCUUUGGCGCGAUAUGUGCAGAGCCCUCUCCUCGAGUAUGCUGCGUUGGGCAAGGACAUUGUUGGACUUACGUUCCACUCGGCGCAGAGUUUGCUGCGUCCCGAGAGAUUGUGGAAGGCAUUGGAGACGGCUAUGGUUGAUAUCGUGAACCUCACCGGAGUACUCAUCAACGAAGCCGUUCGCCAACCCCGCAUCGCGAACCUCUUGCCGUACAUUGCCGGCCUUGGUCCUCGGAAAGCAUCGCACGUCCUGAAGAUUAUGUCUUCCUGUGGCGGAAAGAUUGCGACACGAGAGCAGUUUGUCCUCGGCGACCCCGAAAAGAGGCAGCCUUCAAUUCUCGGGCCAAAGGUGUUUGAAAAUGCCGCGAGUUUCCUCAAUAUCCCUUUUACUAAGAACGACCGGGAAUCCGAGUACCUCGAUGGAACCAGAGUGCAUCCGGAAGCGUACGAGUUGGGACGGAAGAUGGCGGCCGAUGCCUUGGACUUUGACGAAGAGGACGUCGCGCACAUCGUCCAGAAUGCCGGAAAGGGUGGCAUCAUCAAUCGACUGAUCAAGGCUGGCACCGAGAGACUUAACGAACUCAUUCUCGAGGAGUAUGCUGAAGAACUUGAGAAAAACUUCAAUCAGAGGAAACGGGCCACCCUUGAAACGAUUCGGGCCGAGCUACAGCAGCCAUACGAAGAGCUACGCUCGAAGUUUGUUCGUCUUGGAGUGGAUGAAGUCUUCACGAUGCUCACGGGCGAGACAAAAGAUACGCUCGAUGAGAAGAUGGUGGUGGCUGCCAAGAUCCGUCGCGUUACCGAUCGCUAUUUAUCUGCACGCUUGGACUGCGGUAUUGAAGGCAACAUCAGUGUCGAUGAGAUGCCAAGUGCUGCGGUUAAUACCCGACCGGUAAACUUCUACAGUGUUGGACAAACGAUCCAGGCAAGAAUCGAGAGUCUCAGCCGAAAAACGUUCUACUGUGAACUGUCUCUCCGGGAUGAGAAGAUUCGAAUGCCUAACCGCAACAUGGUGUACGUGCCACAGGGGGAGUGGGACGACGAAAGGGAGGAGAAGGACAAGGCGCGCAUGGCUGUGACCAAUCAGGAGCAGACGCGAACGGUUAGAGUCAUCAAGCAUCCGUUGUUCAAGACGUAUAACAGCCGUCAAGCGGAAGAGUUUUUGGCUGGCAGGGCUCGCGGCGACGCAGUUAUUCGCCCAUCGUCAAACGGACCGGACCACAUUGCCGUCACCUGGAAGAUUGGCGAGAAUAUCUACCAGCACAUUGAUGUGCUCGAGUUGGACAAGGCCAAUGAGUUCACGGUCGGUAAGACUCUGAGGGUACAAGGCAAGUACUCUUACAGCGAUCUCGACGAACUCAUCGUGAACCACGUCAAGGCAAUGGCGCGCAAGAUCGAUGAUCUUUGCAAUAACUCGAAGUUCCAGACCGGAUCCAGAAAGGACGCCGAGCAGUGGCUGGAGAAGUACUGCGAGGCCAAUCCCAAGCGGUCGAGUUAUGCCUUCUGCCUGGACGAGAAGAAGCCUGGAUACUUCCUGCUUCUAUUCAAGGCGGGAUUGAAGUCUCCCCUAGGAUGCUGGCCGGUACGAGUCAUACCCGGCGCAUAUCAGCUUCGAGAUACGAGCUACCCCGACGUUGUUACUCUCUGCAAUGGUUUCAAAACCAUGUUCACGCACAUGGCGGUACGGUCCAGUAGACCCGGAGGCGGCGGCCACAGCGGAAACAGCAGCGGCAACAACAGCAGUGGUGGUGGCGGCCCCAUGGGCAGGAGAUGAUCUUGUCGGGGUUAAUACAUAAUAGCAAGGGUGUGAAUUACGAAUGAUUUGAU